ACCAUGGGCAGGCAUCAGUCAGGCCUCAUCUGCCAGACAGUAUCCAUUCCCUUCUCACACCGCCAUCUCCUACACUCACCUGCAAUCUUGGGCUCCUUCUUGGCUGGCCAAUUAUGCCUCCCAACCUCACCGGCUACUACCGCUUUGUCUCACAGAAGAACCUGGAAGACUACCUGCAGGCCCUAAACAUCAACGUGGCACUGCGGAAGAUAGUGCUGCUGCUGAAGCCUGACAAGGAGAUUGAGCACCGGGGUGACCACAUGGUAGUGAGGACCCUCAGCACCUUUCGAAACUAUGUUAUGGAAUUCGAAGUGGGAGUUGAGUUCGAGGAGGACCUGAGGAUCGUGGAUGGACGGAAAUGCCAGACCAUAGUGACCUGGGAGGAAGAGCAGCUGGUGUGUGUGCAGAAAGGUGAGAUCCCCAACCGGGGCUGGAGACACUGGAUGGAGGGAGACAUGCUACAUCUGGAGCUGACAGCAAGGGAUGCCCUGUGCAAGCAGGUCUUCAAGAAGGUCAGAUAGCCUGGGAGAAGCCAACCCUCCAGACCUCUCUUCGUGUGCCCCCUUCCAGCCCAGACUGUGCCUGGUCAUCGUCUCUGUCUCACCGCCCCCCACUUGUUAAUCAGUAACUUGCAGCCCCCAGGUCAAAGUCCUUCCUCUCUCACACUCCUCUGCCCAACAGUAGCCCCUGUCCCAGGUCAAAGUCUGGCCUGGGUGUCAGAGUCAGACAUAGGAUGUAGAACCUGGUCUCUUCUGUUCCCUUGGCUUAUUUUCCUAAGCUCUGGGUACUUUGUGGGCACUUGAGAAUCUAUCCUUGUGGGCCUUUGGGAAAAUUGUGACUGGGUUCAAGAUUUAAAUGGAAGCCACUUGGAAGAGUCUGCUUAUUUCCUUGCCUUUUCCUAGAGAAAAUCUCAGAUACUUGACAGAGGCCCCACCCUGCCAACAUCAGAGGGUGUCCUGCCUAUUUGAUCCCUCCUUCCAACAGGAAGGGGAAAGGAAUAGAACUAGGCAAGACCUUUUCCCGAGAGCUUCCAAAUGGUGGCCUGGCCUCCAUGGCUGUUUUGGGAAACACAGCAGCAAGAAGGCCCUCAGAGACCCAAAAGAGAAGCAGCUGGAGGACGCAAAGCCCAAGGAUAAAGAGAUGAGGGAUCUGCAGGCAUGGGGAAUGGCAGGAGAAGCCCAGCAGGGGUGGCCAUACGGACCUCUACUCAAGGCCAGCAAAACUGGAGCCAGAGCAAGGGGAAGAGCUAAGGACAGCAAGACCACUCCCCUAGAGUGCCUAGGAAAACAGUGCAGAGGGUGGAGCAAUUCAGGGUCAGGGCCAGCUCCAGCCUCAGCCUGCUCCCUCCCUUCCAGGACAUUGGUCCGUUCAGAAUAAAAGUCUGGUGGGCACGUGCACAGAGAGGAGUGAUCACUGUGAAGGUGGGGACAGAGGCCAGUGGAAGGGCCGGAGAGAUGGACGUUGGAAAGUCCCUGGCUUUCACAGAUGAACACCCUGGCCGCUUCUUCCUGCAGUGGCAAGGCCUCUACACAUAUGAGCAGUCCCUGGGGUUCUGGCCAAGAAGAACUAGGCUUGCACUACUGACCCUACCACACACCCUGCAAUGAACUUGGAAAAGGGCUCAGAAUUGGACUGAAUCACUUAUUCCCUGCCCGGCCUCUCCAAAGAUGUCCCCAGCAGCAUGGGCCAUAGGCAUUCUUCUUGGCAAAGCCACCCAGCGGAAGCUGCCAUCCUGCCCAGUCUCCUCCCAAGGCACAGGAACAUGCUCCGUGUUCUUGCCCCAUUGUCCAAACCACCAAGUCACCAUGGUGUCCAAGCCCUCUCAGUACACAUUCCAAGGCUCCCCCCACACGACUGUCCUCUUGGGGGUCCAGGACUCUUCACUGCAGUCUUGGCUGGGCCCUGACACAAGAGCUUGUGAGCCCCCAGCGUGGCUGCCAAAGCCAAGCUACAGCAGGCUCAGUCCCUCAAAACUCUCUGCGACAUAGGCAUCCAGACCACCUGCAGUGCAUGCCUCCGUCCUUCACUCAACCACAUCCCUGCAGGAGCCAGACUCCAACAAGAGGCCCGGAGACUCCCAGGGAGGCAAGAGUCCCCGGAAGAAUUGAGAGGUUCUGAAGACUGCAGCCGGCAAAGGAAGCUGGAGCUGCCGUCUCCCCUGUGGGCAGCAGGGGACGCUGCACACAUUAGAGGAAGCCAGAGUUCCAGUUCAAAACUCUCUCUCUCUUCCACCACCUUCUUGGAUGUUCAUUGCACCAGACACACACACAUCCCAAUUCCCAACCCACACAAGAUCUUUUCCCUCCUUCAAAUCAGGCUCUGUUCAUCAUCAGAAAUGAGAUGGUCACCACAGGAAGAAGCAUGUCAGAAGGAAAGGAAAGAAAGGGAGUGAGUAGGUCCAACUCCCAGCCUUGCCCAGGGCUCACGGAACUUGGAGUUGACUUGGUUGACCAGAGUCGUAGACCCCAGGGCUAUGAUUAGGAAUCGAAAAUGCUUACUUCCGUGUGAGAUAGAAGUGUGCUCUGCUAAGCCAGCCCCACUGUUCCUUUACCACACCAGAGAUCAGGAUGCCUGGAGUGCAAGAAAGCUGGCCUAACAGGCCAGAAAAGACAGCUACCAGGACAGAGCAGCUCUGUGGACAGGGGUGCUCCACCUCCACCCCCACCAGAGGCCAUGGAGGUCCUGGAGGAUGAGAUGGAGCUGACCAUCCACACUCACCCUUCCAGCAAGAGCAAAGGGGCCCUGUCUCCAGCACUUUCAGGCUCACCACCCAGCCGGAGGUGAGGCUUCUACCUCCCCCUACCCCACCCCAAGCCUCACUUCUACUUUGCUUUACUCUGGCCCCUAGGAGAAGGGGGAGCCCUGGGAGCCUCUGUUCUGUACCCAGGGUGCAGUGCCCAGAGGGUCACCCAUGUAGCCAAGCCAUCAGGUUCACAGGUACAUCACUUCCCAGAGGUUCUGCAUGAACCUAAAAUGACACCAACAUGGGUCAGUGAGCAGGCUUUGGUGUCAAACUGCCACCUGUUAUUAGCAGUAUGAGUGUAUUCAGGUCACCACCUUUCAGCAGAUACACAUGGGCCAGACACCAGAGGCAAUACCAAGAGCACUUCCUUCCUCCUGGGGAUUUUGUGAAGACUUCAUGCCCGUUCCUCAGCAGAGUACUGGGAAUGGAGUAGGCACUGACGACUGUUGAUUACUCCUGCUUGUAUUAUUUCCGUCCUCAGUACCUGAUGCCGGAAAUUCUCCUGACCAGAAGCAAACCCUUGUAUUCUACAGUUUAGGACAAGGCAUCAAGCGCCACUACCCCUGAGGUCAUGCAGUGACAUAUUUGUACGUAUGGAGUUAAAUAAACCUUUGGACUGCUAAGGCUUAAA